AUGACGUCUAGGCCUCGGAGGUUGCAAGGAGGGGAUGUGUGCAGGCGCCGCAAGACUGCGGCCUGGCACCUUAGUCUGGAUGUCCGUCAUCCUAAGGAUGAACCCCACUACAGUGAAAAAUUUCAAGGUUCUGAUGGAAAAAAGGAAGACGAAGAAAAGAAAUAUCUUGAUGUCAUCAGCAACAAAAACAUAAAGCUCUCAGAAAGAGUUCUGAUUCCUGUCAAACAAUACCCAAAGUUCAAUUUUGUGGGCAAAUUGCUUGGACCAAGAGGAAACUCCUUGAAGAGACUACAGGAAGAAACAGGUGCUAAAAUGUCUAUCCUGGGCAAAGGAUCAAUGAGAGACAAAGCAAAGGAAGAAGAGCUAAGGAAGAGUGGGGAAGCCAAAUAUGCCCACUUGAGUGAUGAACUGCAUGUUCUAAUUGAAGUGUUUGCUCCACCUGGGGAAGCUUACUCACGUAUGAGUCACGCGUUGGAAGAGAUUAAAAAGUUCCUGGUGCCUGACUACAAUGAUGAAAUUCGUCAGGAACAACUACGAGAAUUAUCUUACUUAAAUGGCUCAGAGGACUCUGGUCGUGGCAGAGGGAUCAGAGGCAGAGGGAUCAGGAUAGCUCCCACGGCUCCUUCAAGGGGCCGCGGGGGUGCCAUUCCUCCUCCCCCACCUCCGGGACGAGGUGUCCUCACCCCUCGAGGGACGACUGUGACCCGUGGAGCCUUGCCAGUGCCCCCCAUCGCAAGAGGUGUCCCUACUCCUCGAGCUCGGGGGGCAGCAACAGUGCCAGGAUACAGGGCACCCCCUCCUCCUGCCCGCGAGGCUUAUGAAGAAUAUGGAUAUGAUGAUGGCUAUGGAGAGGAGUAUGACGAGCAGACCUAUGAGGCUUAUGACAGCAGCUAUGCGCCACAAACACAAAGCGUGCCUGAAUACUACGAGUACGGUCAUGGAGUCAGUGAGGAUGCCUACGACAGCUAUGCACCAGAAGAAUGGGCCACAACCCGCUCCAGCCUGAAGGCGCCACCCCCCAGGUCAGCGAGAGGAGGAUACAGGGAACACCCGUAUGGUAGAUAUUGAAGGUCCUCCUCGCCUGCGACUGCACCUAAAGACAGUGCAAAGUCUGUGGUCUCCACGUAAACAGCAACAAGACAAGUAAUAGUCCUUUCAUUUGUCUUUUCUAUUCUAGGGGUAACUGCUCAUGAGUACUCACAUAUAUUUCUUGUAUUGCCUUCUAUGCUGUUGGCGUGGCAUUGACACUAGUAUUAUUUUAAACAACAGACUGAACAAGAGACAUUGGCAAGCAUAGUUUAUAAACCAUACAGUAGGACGAUAUUCUCUUGAUUGUUUUCACUGUUGUGUGUAAUCUUUAAUUUUCUUUUUCUUUCUUUUUCUUUUUUUAAGAAAGAGCAUGAAUCUGUUAACAGAUUUUGAGUCUCAGCCAACUAGCAGAAACUUUGUUGAGGGUUGCUAAAAGCCUGUAAUAUGAUUUUUGAACUAGCUGAUAAUAAAGUUGUAGAUAAGAUGUUUUAACUUGUCUUUUAAUAUCUUUUAGUUAGAUGAAGAUGUUCGAUAUUAAGUUUGUAAAUUUAAUUUUAAAUGCUGUCUUAAUGGGGUUGAAAACAAGCAGCUACUGUAUGUAUGUAGCUAACUGAAUUUGUUCAGUGUUUUAACCUGUAUUUGUUAAAAAGAAAAAAAAACACACAUAAAGUUCCAUGUGUAAGCUUCUCUAAAUAGGAAACCACAAUUUGUCAAAUAUGUUUGCCAUAAUUUGUCAAUAAAGCUGAAAACUUUUGUAAAAACUAAAUUUGGAAUUACUUGUUUUCUAGCUUUAAAUGCCUGCUUUAUUUCUUCUUCAAGAGAUGCCUAAAAUGUUUUCUAUUUAAAAAUUACAAAAAUGAACCCAAGCCUGUUUUAAGAUAUUUGUGUAACACUUAAAAAUGUAUUAAUAACUUAUGGUUGUUAAAUAAUUUAAAAGUUAACAAACUAAACUGUUACAUGAAUCAUGGUUAGUAAACACUAAUGUAUAACAUGUUAAUGGAGAAAAUGGAUUUAGAAUAAUAAAUGGAUUUUAAACUAUC